AAGGGGGCGGUUUGCGACACACGGCGAUAUUUGCGACAGGGCGCACUUUACGGUUACGCUCGGGAAGAAGGCUUUCUUGGCUCGACCACCCGCGCUUUACGGCUUAGCGUGCCUUUUACGGCUUUCUUGGCGCCUGUGAGUGGAGACGCUUUACGGGAUGGGGUGCCCUUUACGACAGAUGGUAAUGUUUACGAUAGGGAGCGCUUUUACGGCAACGUCAGGAAACAAAGCCUUGUCUGUACUACAGUAGGGACGGUAGUUGGAACUUGAGCGGCGCUUUACGACGGAGCGCGUUUUAAAAACGGAGACGCCAUCCAAACCCUCCCGACAGAUGGCCAUCCAACUUCUGUUUACUAUAAGGCCGAAAUGGAUAGACCUUUUAUAAUAAAACAACAAGAACACAAUCCAGCCAGCAAUACAAACGUGGGUGUCUGUUGUUCGCCUUGGAGAGAGAUAAGAGCGAUAUUAAUCCAGCAGUGAGGGAGACAAUUAUUUUCCUCUCCAUCAUGGCUGCUCCCAGAGGACGACUUCCGCCCGAAGCAGUGUGGAACGUUCGCGCAGCCGUACAGUGAUGUCAGAGGGGCGGGAGAGAGAGAGAGAGAAAGAGCGAGGGAUGCUGGAGGAGCUGGUGGCUGGAGGAGCCGAGGGGCUCGUCCUUCUCCAAGACUCUGUCAGCUGUGAAGGCCACACUCUUCUCAAGAGCUUCGUAGCAGCAUCGGCACGCAGGGGUGAAUCUGUCCAUGUGAUUAAUUUCGAUAUUCCAGAGGAAGAAUUCAAGGCGGGAUUCACCCCUGAUGUUGCCUCUCAGCUAUUCAUCCAUGAUGGCUUCCGGGACCCCCUCGGCUGGACUGGAGCAAGAGGGGGCUUGACGGUGGGGGAUUUCUCGGCUCCGCAGUUGGUGCUGCGCUUCUCUCAGGCGGCACAAGGGCCUGCAACUCUGGUGCUGGAUUCCCUCAGCUGGCUGCUCCUCCGCCUCCCCUUUCCCAGCGUCUGCCAGGUUUUGGCCCAGCUGCCCAAGAAAGCAAACACUGCUGGUGUGAGGAUCCGCACGCUUGUGGCCCUCCUUCACGGAGACUUGCACCCACCUGAACAACUCAAAGCCCUGCACUCCUUGGCCCGGGUUGUGGUGACUCUGAAACAAGGGGAUGGUAGUCCUCGAGUCGCUGUGACAUUGCACCGGAAGAGACGGAACAAAGUUGUCCAGAAGAAAGAAUACUUCACAGUCCUCUCAGGUUUUGCCUUGAAACACCUUGGUGAACCAUCUCCGGCUGCCGUUUCUGGAGAGGAAGUUAUUCAGAAGGAUGAUGCCUCUGCUGUGGCUGACCCCACGGCCAACCUAACCUUUAACCUGCGCCUCUCUGAGGCCGAGCGCCGGGCCAAAGAAUCGGUGCCUCUCCCGUACCAGUUCAGUGAAGAGAAGAAGUCAUCUCUGCUGCAGGGGCCAACCGGCCAAGGCAAGAUCUACUACGAGCCGGAUGCUGCAGACGAUAUAGACGAUGAAGAUCCGGAUGAUGACUUGGAUGUGUGAAACACACAGAACUGGAGCCCUAACCCCAUGGGAGACUCACCCUGGUUGGGAUUCUGCAAAAUGGCCAGAACCGGGUCCAUUCCAGUGCCUUCUUCCAAAGUUGCCAUCUUGGUGGCGUUCUUCUGUUGGCAUCUCCCAGCAGGACAUUUGCCUUGGAUGGACCUUCUCAGAGCGGAGACAAUAGAACGAAGCCACACGGUCAAAUUGCAGCAAAUGUUGCUGAGAAAGCCCAAGACCCCACCUGCCAUGGCUCUUUACAGGGAAUUUGGGUUUCCAUUCGGGAAGAUCAGCAAUGCAUCUUUCCAGCUUGUAAAUGUUGAUUUUAUACAUAUUUGAUUUGCUAAGGGUAAGUUAUGGCUGGCAGGAUACAGGAGAGGAAUGAGCACCCAGAUAUUUGGGGUUUUGAAGCAAGACAAAUAAACAACUCGAUCAUUUAUAAACACUUCCAGCAUGUUUUUUAACUUGUGGAAUAUUUAUAUAGCGUAGUCUCACCAGAUUUAUUUAAGAUUGGCGAUUAAAGUAUGCCCCCAAAGCCCCAUUUUUUUAAGCUCCUUCCAUUUGUUAAACAUUUUGCUGCAAUUCUGGGAUGGUUUUUUGUGUGUGAAAAGUCAAGGCAAAAAUCUGUGACUGUGCAAAGAUGUGGGAGUUUGUUAUUCUGUCUGCCCGUCCCCAUCAAUAUUGGCUUUGUAUUCACAAAGGUUGCCAGAAUGAACAUUGGAGAGACUUCCUGUGCCUUUAAUGGUUGUGUACAGGAGCCCCUGGUGGCACAGUGGGUUAAACCCUUGUGCCGGCAGGACUGGUGACUUGAUGGUUGGGUUGCUGACCUGAAGGUUGCCAGUUUGAAUCCAAACCGGGAAGAGAGAGGAUGAGCUUCCUCUAUCAGCUCCAGCUCCAUGCGGGGACAUGAGAGAAGCCUCCCACAAGGAUGGUAAAAACAUCAAAACAUCCAGGAAAUGUCCCCUGGGCAACAUCCUUGCAGGCGGCCAAUUCUCUGACACCAGAAGCGACUUGCAGUUUCUCAAGUCGUUCCUGACAUGGAAAAAAAAUGGUUGUGAAGAAGACCACCCAGGUCAGAAGGGUUCAUGCCACAAUAUAUUAGAUUUCAAUGCUGUCUAGUCUUGGGAGUUGUCAUUUUCUAAGGCCUUUCUUUCACCUUCUCUACCAAAGCGUGCUGGUGCCCUACCAAACUACAACUUCCAUGAUUCAUUGAGACAUGGCAGUGAAAGCCGUUUCAGGGUGCAUUAAAUCUACAGCAAAUAAAUGCAGCCCUAGGCCCCUUCUGCACUGCCAUAUAAUAUAGAUUAUCAAAGCAGAUAAUCCAAAGGCCCAUCCACACAGCUGUAUAGCCUAGAAUAGCAAAGCAGAUAAUGUGGGAUUUUAUACAGCUGUGUUGGAGGGGCCCAAAUUAUCUCCUUUGAACUGGAUUAUACAAGUCUGCACUGCCAUAUUGUAGGGACCAUAAGCCAGAAAAAUAGUAAACUACAGUAGAGUCACUGUGAUGUCUCAUGGGCCUUGUAGUCCCGUUCCUAGUACUAUGGUGGCAGACGAAGAGGAAAACAUGGGAUUUCCACCGGUUCAGCCAGAAUCGGAGCCCUUGCACCUGGAGGAUGUUUGCCCUCAAGAAGUCAGCCAAACAAACCUUGGGCAGAAUUCUCCCCCGUUUUCUCAAAGAGACAAUUAUAAUAGAGAUAGAGGAAAUAGGGAGGCGAAUCGCCGGAGCGCCAGAAUCGCAGCCAAACAAUUAGCUGAUUAGGUUUGCUUCCCUUGGGAAAUUCUAAGGAGUCAUGCAUCUGGACAAAGUUGGGUUUCUCUUCUAGUUCUCCAGGGAAAGUGGGUUUCUGGCGGGAAACGAGACCCUAUUUAGGUGUUUUACCGCGAAGGAAACCUUGCGGAGUCAACUCGUCAGCUUGAGGAGUGAGAUCGUGUGUGGACUACGCAACUCCAGUUCCUUGUUUCCAAGACCAAGUUCCAAGCCUGCCUUGUUUCCCGGACCUCGCCACAGACCCUGUUCUUGUUCCUUGUUGCCUCGUAUCAAGCCUUGUUUUGCUAAGAAUCUAGUUUGUUUCCAGCCUUGUUGUCAAGUUCUAUGGACUAAAGGACCUUGUCAUUUCCCCACACUUUGCUUGGCAAAGUGUGUGUUUCGGUUAUUGGAUUAUAACUUUGGACCUUAAUAUCACAUAUUGGACAUUAUUUUCCUGGACUAUAUUUUACCUUUCCUGAAAGGUCUAUUUCUGAACUUUAUUCUUCACUUGUUUUUAUUGACUUUAUAUAUUCCUAUAAUAAAGAUAUUAGAUAGAAUCCGGCCUCUGCGCAUGGUUAUUGGUGCUCUGUAGCCUGGGUCCUGACAGUCACACUUAUCCAACAUUCGCUUAUCCAACAUUCUGGAUUAUCCAACGCAUUUUUGUAGUCAAUGUUUUCAAUACAUCGUGAUAUUUUGGUGCUGAAUUUGUAAAUACAGUAAUUACUACAUAGCAUUAUUGCGUAUUGAACUAUUUUUUCUGUCAGAUUUGUUGUAUGUUUUGAUGCUUAAUUUAUAAAAUUUGUAAUUUGUAAAAUCAUAACCUAAUUUGAUGUUUAAUAGACUGUUUCUUGAUCCCUCCUUAUUAUCCAACAUAUUUGCUUAUCCAGCGUUCUGCCAGCCCGUUUAUGUUGGAUAAGUGAGACUCUACUGUAUUGCCUAUGUAGCUUUGCCUGUGCAUAUGCCCCUCCCUUCCUGUGCACUGGUGCUUUUCUCCAGGAAGUUCCAAAGGGAGAAGAAAGCUCAGAGUAAACAAGUUAGGUCAUUGGUAUCACUUGUACCAAGUAGGUGUGGAAGGUGAGAAAGGCCCUCAGCCAUUGGUCAAUUGUAGAUAAGCCGAGAUAAAAUUCUUUGUUUGCUACGCACAUGUUGUGACGGCCAUUUGCAUGGUACGGGCCCACUGAAGUGGGUGCCUACGGCUGUUUCGCCUUAUCAUCAGCUGCGAUAACAAUAAAAGGCUUGUUUUAUUGCU